AUGCAGUACGUGCGAAGUAUCAGCGGCUCCGUCUCGAAGACCUGGAACUCGAUCAACCCGGCCACUUUGAGCGGAGCCAUUGAUGUGAUCGUUAUUGAACAGGAAGAUGGAACUCUUGCCUGCUCGCCGUUCCAUGUUCGAUUCGGCAAGUUCUCAUUGCUCCGCCCGUAUGAAAAGAAGGUCGAGUUCAAGGUCAAUGGAGUCAAACAAGACUACUCGAUGAAGCUUGGGGAAGGCGGAGAGGCGUUCUUCAUCUUCGAGACGACGGAUGAGAUCCCCGCCUCCUUGCAGACGUCACCGUUGGUCUCUCCGUCCACCAGCCCGAAGGUUCGCAGCGAAGAGAAUCUUCCGGCCUCUCUACAAGAACCCGAGUACUUGGACCUCGAACGGUCGUCCACGAUGGGUAUUAAUCAAGACUCGAAAGCGUCUUCGACCCUGCCUAUAAUGUCGAGGGUAACGCGGGCAUCCAGUGACUUAGGCACACUUACCCCGCUGUCGCGAUCGCCGGAUGAUUCACAUCUAGGCAGGUCCCGCCAUGGUUCAUUUGGCGAUGGACCGGGGAGCCUCGAUAGCGCUGAUGCGGCCAACAUUCUGCUAGGCAAGACCGAUAACCCGGGUGGUCCAAGCGUCGUUGAUCAAGUUUUUGGCGAGCGAGAUCUCAGUUCAACACCCCCCGGCGAUGAUUCUGGUGAGAACCGGCGUUCUCAAAGCCCCCCGCCUGUGUCGCCCGGCGAGGCAGUUUCGCGUGCCGAGUCUCUAUCCAAGAAAUUGACGGCCUCGAAUAUUCCUUCCCAUGUCACCGAUACGGGUGAUCUUAUGCUGGACAUGACUGGGUACAAGAGCAACGAGGAAGACGCUUUACGUGCGGAAGUUCUUGCACGUAAGAUCCUCGCGGAGGAACUGGAAGGGAAUUACGAUAUCGGAGCCCUGAUCGGUGCUGAUGAGCACGGCAACUUGUGGAUCUACAGCAGCGGAGAGGCCAAAGACGCAGCUGACCGCCGGGCUACGUUCAACUCCAUGAGACCGAGCUCUGCGAUGAGUGAAAAUGCUAUUUCCGACCCUGGCUAUCACAGUGACAGCGACCGGUCUCUCCAGGCGACCCCGACAGCUGCUCGGCACUAUCGCACUCAGUCCGAUGUUCAGCCGGGAUUUCCGACCCCUCCGCAGUCUCCAACUCCGGGCGAGACUACCCGCAACUACGCCAAAACCUUGCGUCUUACGAGCGACCAGCUGAAGGAGCUCAAACUGAAACCUGGCGCCAAUGAUAUGUCCUUCAGCGUCAACAAAGCGACCUGCACGGCUACCAUGUACUUAUGGAAUGGCAAUACUCCGAUUGUGAUUUCGGAUAUUGACGGAACCAUUACCAAAUCUGAUGCGCUGGGCCAUGUGCUUAACAUGAUCGGCCGUGACUGGACACAUGCCGGCGUGGCCAAGCUGUACACUGACAUCGUGAACAACGGCUACAACAUCAUGUACCUGACCAGCCGAUCCGUCGGUCAGGCGGAUACUACGAGAGCGUACAUCUACGGGGUAAACCAGGAUGGUUAUCGACUGCCCAAGGGUCCCACGAUCAUGAGUCCUGACCGUACGAUGGCGGCGCUCCGACGAGAGAUCUACCUGAGGAAGCCAGAAGUGUUCAAGAUGGCCUGCCUGCGGGAUAUUCUAGGUCUUUUCAACGGAAAGGAGAACCCGUUCUACGCCGGUUUUGGCAAUCGUCUCACCGAUGCGCUCAGCUACCGAUCGGUGAACAUCCCGUCCAGUCGGAUCUUCACGAUCAACUCCAACGCCGAGGUGUCUCUGGAUCUCCUCAGUCUGAACAAAUACAAGAGUAGCUACGUGUCCAUGGGCGAACUUCUGGACCACUUUUUCCCACCCACUAGCUUGCUGGUCCAAGCCGGUGGCGAGGAGUAUACGGACUUCACCUAUUGGCGGGAACCCCCACCGGAUCUCGCGGACUUUUCUAGCACUGAUAGCGAGGAUGAAGAUGACGACGACGACCAGCCGGAUGACGAGGACGAGGAUGUUGACGAAGACUAUGAUGGUGAAUUGAGCGAUGAAGAGGACAGCGAUGUCGACGAUGACGAAACGGCCGAGGAGGAUCUCGGAGCUAGCUUUAUCUCGCAGGUUUCCAUCGAUCCAUCCAGCUUGGCGGAUGGACAAGCCGAUGAUGAGGAGGACGAGGACGAGGACGAGCCAGGGGAGCCUGGCGAAGCGGUACAAUUUUCCGAGGUUCCACGCUCGCCUCCAAAGAAGACCCGACGGUCUCCGGAACCUGGAGAUCCCUGA